CUCGUGGUGACGUCACACAUUGAGACGGUAUAUUUAUUUCGUAUCCCCCACCGUACUGUCCGCUGCCCAGCUGUCGAGAGUGACCGUUUGGCAGCAGUCAGCGAAAAUUUUGCUUCGAAAGCUAUCGCACAGGCAAACGUGAAGGUCUUGUUGGAGGCUCCUCUCCAUAAUUAAAAAACGCGAGUUCCGACUCUGCGCUUGACAAGUACAUACAUACACACACACUCACACACAUACACACAUCUCGAUCCAAGUUGGUCGAAGUCGGAGAGCACAGAGUGAUCGUCAUCGUAGCCAUCCUAUAGUCAGGGUGGGAUCGAAUUCGUCCUCGAAUAAGGCGACCUUCACAGGCGCGACAAAAGGCAAAGGACGACGCAAACAACGGACUUUCUCUCUCUCUCUUUUUUUCCUCCUCUUUCGCUCUUUGCGUUACCAUUAAUUCUACCUCUCUUUGUUGUAAUCAUCGCAAAUCUGGGUUCUCAUAAGAAAUAACCCUCAUCGUGUCGUGGGUGCGUGCAUACGCACGCGUGUUGGAGAAAAGGGAAAGUGCAUACGCGCGACGUAGAUACAUAUAUAUGUAAAGACGUACUGUGAUUCCUUCUGCGAGCUUAUCUUCCUGACAGACGAUAUACACCAAGUGUAGAAGAGGAAAACUGUCGUCGUCGUUAUCCUCGUCGUCAUCUUCCUCCUUCUCUUUCUCCUCCUCCUCGUUAUCAUCAUCAUCGUCGUCAUCGUCAUCAUCACCAUUUUAUUAGAAAAGGGCUCACGCAUACCUACAUAUACCAAAAAAGUGAGAAAGAGCCUCUUGUGUGAUCAUCCAUCAGUGUCAUCGUUUGGACACAAAAGUUAACCGGGAAGCCGGUUCAUCAAGGAAUGUCCACCCCAGCAAGGAGGAGAUUAAUGAGGGAUUUCAAGAGAUUACAGGAAGAUCCUCCAACUGGAGUAUCAGGUGCUCCAACAGACAAUAAUAUUAUGAUAUGGAAUGCAGUUAUAUUUGGACCACACGACACUCCAUUUGAAGAUGGUACAUUUAAACUUACAAUAGAAUUUACGGAAGAAUAUCCAAACAAGCCACCUACAGUGAGAUUUGUUAGUAAGAUGUUUCAUCCUAAUGUAUAUGCAGAUGGUGGAAUUUGUCUCGAUAUACUUCAAAAUCGCUGGAGCCCUACUUAUGAUGUCUCAGCCAUCUUGACAUCUAUACAGUCGCUUUUGGACGAACCAAAUCCUAAUUCGCCAGCCAAUUCUUUAGCGGCGCAAUUGUAUCAAGAAAACAAACGGGAAUAUGAGAAAAGAGUGGCUACUGUAGUUGAACAAUCUUGGCUGAAUUUCCAAGAAAGUCAUACCGAGGAUUCCCGCUGACAUUAAUAAAAUCCGGAUAACUUUUGCAAUAUGAGCGGAGAAUUCCUGGAAAAGAAGAGUUAUCUGGUUUCUCCACCAUAGCGUUCAAUCACAACACCUUGUGUGAAUAACGCAGUUGCGCACAUGAAAUCUAACGCUCUCUCACCGCUUUCAAAUAUGCGAUAUUAAAUAUUGCACGCGACGUCAUGUGGUCUGCUUUUUAAGCAUGGAGAAGCGAUACCAUUAAUAUUGGCGAAAGUGCGUGUGCAAGAGUACCAAAGUUAUCCCAGUUCUACUGAAUAAGUCUUUAACAAUCAAAAUAUCAAUAAAGAAAAUACAUUUAAACAUAA